AUGAACGUGUCUACAAGUUUGAAGAUGCGCCUGCCGGCGUUCGUGCUACUGUCAGAGGUUGUCAUGUUAGUACUUUAUGCUUUUUUUGUCACUUAUGAUGAUAAUGCCAAUGCUAAGCUGCAAAACAACGAGACCAACCCGAUGGAGAACUCCGUUUAUCAAGACUAUCCCUACUUUGCCGACGUGCAGAUGAUGAUCUUCAUAGGCUUCGGGUGCCUGCUGGCCUUCUUCCGAUUCUAUGGCUUCAGUGGAAUGGUCUUCAACUUUCUUACGGCUACAUUUUCGAUCCAGUGGGCGAUCCUGAUUCAAGGUUUCUUCCAGUUUUACUAUGCUGGUAAAAUUCACCUGGGAGUGAUCAACCUGCUGUAUGCAGAGUUUGCCUGUGCUGUGGUGCUCAUCUCUUUCGGAGCUGUGCUUGGGAAGACCAGUCCUAUUCAGCUCCUGGUCAUGGCUUUACUGGAGAUCCCUUUCUUCGCUGUGACAGAGUGGGCUGUAUUGAAAUACAUUAGAAUCACUGAUGCAGGUGGCUCUAUUCUUAUUCACCUGUUUGCUUGCUACUUUGGUCUAGGGGUGACGUUUGCGCUGUACCGCCCGAGCCUGAAUGAGGGACACUCUAAAGAGAUCACUAGUUAUCACUCUGACAUCCUCUCUUUAAUGGGAACCUUGUUUCUCUGGGUGUUCUGGCCUUCAUUUAACUCUGCUCUGACCUUUAAGGGUGACGAUCAACACAGAGCAAUACUCCACACUUUUUUAGGUCUAAGCUCAUCCACUAUCACCGCCUUUGCACUCUCAGCAGUGUUCAAUAAGAGAGGCAAGCUCACAAUGGCUGAUAUUCAGAACGUGACUCUGGCAGGUGGCGUGACUGUUGGGGCUUCUGUGGACAUGAUGAUUUCCCCUGUAGCCGCGUACGCCCUGGGCAUCAUGGGCUGCACUGCCUGUUUCUUUGGAUACAGGUACCUGACCCCCUUUAUGGCCCGGCACAUGAGGAUCCAAGACCAGUGUGGUAUUCACAACCUGCACGGACUCACUGGCCUCAUAUCAUCCACAGCAGGGAUCUGUGCCAUCCUCCUAGCCACUGAAGAAACCUACGGGCCCAGCAUGUACCAGAUCUUUGCCCAUCGUGCUCCACCUGAGGGAGAUCCGAAGCUCCUGGAAAUGCAGAGGCUGAUUCCUGGACUGAAGCCGGGCUUGGGUCGUACUGCGCAGGAACAAGCUCUCUACCAGGUGGCAGCUAUCUUCUCCACCAUCGCAGCAUCUGCAGUUGGUGGGCUGCUCACUGGUUGGGUCAUAAAGCUGCCCUUCAUGGCAUCCCCAUCUGACGAGGACUGCUUUGAUGAUGAUGUUUUCUUUGACAUGCCCUCUGACUUUGACAGUGUAAAAGGGCCCAAGACCUCCAUAAGCCAUGAAGAAAAGAUACAAAUGAGCUCCAUGAACACAAAAGUCGACACAGGGAGGCAGUCAUUGUGA